AGAAGGAAGAUAAAGGUUGAUAGAGAGAGAGAGUGGAUGAACAGUAAUGCAAUUAAAGAAAUAUAUAAAGAAUUAUGGAAUGAAAGAUUAAGAAUUUCAUCAAGGAAGAGUGAAAUUGUGGUUUUGUAUUUGAAGGCAAAAGGAAAACCAGUGUGUAUUAAUGGAGAUUCGAGCUAUCGAUUCAAACAGAAAGGGAAGCUUCUCCGUACUCUUCCUUUUUCUUCUUUUCAUUCUAAUCCUAUUCGUCAUCUGAUUUCAUCUUAUUAUACUGAAGAUCAUCAUCUUUCAGAUCGUUCUGAUUCUUUUUCUAUUCUGAUCUGAGGGUUUUUUAAUACUGAAAGAUCGAGUUUCGUCUCUUCACGCUUUUGUUGCCGUGUUUAGAUUUUCUCUUUUUACUGUUACAUAUACCUUUAACCGAUUUGCUGUUUGGAUUCAUAUCGGGAUUCUGAUCUUGUUCUUCUAAUGCUUGAUUCAAUUCUGGGUUUUGAUCAUGAUGAAUCUGGGAUAUGGAUAAUUCAAACUUUAACUGAGUCUCCUUCCAUACAAUCAAAUCAGUCUUCUGUGUAUUAAUAAUCUGUCGCCUCCUCCGUUUGCCUCCACUGAUAUUUGUUUUUUCUAAUUUCAGGAGGGGUUUUAUAUACAUCUUACCUAAAAAUAGAAAUUUUAUUGUAACCAAAAAACCCACCUUUUUUGCUUGUGGGAAUCAUAGAUUUUCUUUCUAUCAUCAGGUUCAUAAAAUUUCUUCAGAUCUUACAAAACAAAAUCUCAGUUUUUUUUCUUUUUCUUUUUUCAAUCGUGAAGAGGAGUUAGUGGGUAUACUUGGUUGGAUAAUUUGCUUUCUAUGGGAGUACCUGAUAACUCGCUAGUUGAUUGGAUAGAUAAAGUCAAGUCUUGGAUAACUUGGGUACCAACUGAUCUGAAUUUUCUAUCCACUGAGUCAAAUAUGUCGGGAAACAGAAGUUGUUCCUAUAUGUGCUACGAUUGUGAAAUCAAAUUUGCAGAUACUUGCCUUAGAUAUCACUGUAGAAGUUGUGGCAGGGUGUUCUGUGGGAAUUGCGUAAGAAAGUUGAGCUGUUUCGAUGUUGGCUUCACAGAAAUUAAAAGAACUGCUGCAGAUGCUGAGAAUUAUAUUAAAUAUUGCAAAGUUUGCUUGAAAAUCUCUAGUGUUCAUGGUGAGUGGAAAGAUUGUGAGAAAAUUUAUCCUUCUGAGUCUCCCUCGCAGAGUCCUGAACCUCCAUCACCAAAUUUUAGUGCUCAAAGAAUGAGUGGUUAUUCCUCCCAUGCUGAGAUCAGAGACAGUGUUGCUCCACUUAGUGGUCAUCCUUCACCUAUAUCGGUUCAUCGUUCUCCAAGCAGGAGUGAUGAGGAAGAAGGAGAUUAUUCAGCAAGAUCCUUCUUCAGCUUAUCAAGUGAUUAUUGUAAUGACAGCUCAGAUAUGGAUUCAAGUAGUCUUAGCCUUAGACGUGACUUUUAUAGUUUCAAGUCUGUUGGAUCAAGUUCAUUUGAUAGCCCCUCCAGGAUCCAUACUACUUCCAAUAGAGGUGGACAUCCUGUACAGCAAGAGCAAUGGGGAACAACAAAAUCCCAAAGUGGUAAUGAUAUGAUGUCUGUUAUAAAAAAGCCAGAAACAGAGGAUGUGGAGAGUACCAAUGAAUGUACUACUGAUCAUAUGUCUAUGUUUGAUGACCAGUAUGAAAAGUUUCAAAAACCACUGGACUUUGAUAAUAAUAGCCUCAUUUGGCUACCUCCACCACCUGAAGAUGAUUUUGUUGAAAUAGAAAGUAAUUUAUUUUCUUAUGACGAUGAGGAUGAUGAGAUUGGGGAUUCUGGGGUGUUUUCUUCUAAGGAAAGGCAGAUUGGUGGACCAAAAGAACCUCUGAGAACUGCGGUACAGGGGCAUUUUAGGGCUCUUGUCUCUCAACUGCUACAGGGAGAGGGUGUCAAAGUAGGAAAAGAAAACAGUGAAGAUGACUGGUUGGACAUAGUGGCCCGUGUGGCAUGGCAAGCUGGAAAUUUUGUCAGGCCAGACACUAGCAGAGGAGGUAGUAUGGAUCCUGUCGAUUAUGUGAAGGUUAAGUGUAUAGCAUCUGGAAGUCCUAAAGAGAGUGCACUUGUUAAAGGAAUAGUUUGUACGAAAAACAUAAAACACAAGCGGAUGACUUCGCAAUACAAAAACCCAAGAUUACUUAUUUUGGGAGGAGCACUUGAGUACCAACGAGUGCCCAAUCAGCUGUCAUCCUUCACCACAUUACUUGACCAGGAGAUCAAUAACCUGAAACUGAUUGUAUCGAAGAUAGAAGCCCGUCGUCCUAAUGUGCUACUUGUUGAAAAAAGCGUAGCUUCUUAUGCCCAAGAGUAUCUCUUGGCUAAGGAGAUCUCACUGGUAUUAAAUGUGAAAAGACCAUUACUGGAACGUAUAGCCAGGUGCACUGGGGCUUCAAUAACUCCAACAAUUGAUAACCUCUCAGCAGCAAGAUUAGGAAACUGUGAACUAUUCCGUCUGGAGAAAGUAUCAGAAGAUCUUGAAAGUGUUAAUCAGCUAAACAAGAGGCCAAUCAAAACCUUGAUGUUUUUUGAAGGUUGCCCCAGGCGACUGGGUUGCACGGUCCUUUUGAAAGGUUCAUCCCGUGAAGAACUGAAGAAGAUCAAACAUGUUGUCCAGUAUGCGGUUUUUGCAGCUUAUCAUUUGUCCUUGGAGACUUCCUUCCUCGCAGAUGAGGGUGCGAGCAUACCCAGAAUUUCUACAAAGCCUUCACUUGCUAUACCAGAUAGGAUGAAUCCUGAUAAUGCAAUAUCGAUAAUUCCUGAUACUCCUCAAUCUCCAUCUAUAAUGGAGGAUGUGGAUUGGAAGCUGCAAAAUGAAGAGAACAAACUACCAGAUGAAAUGUACGAUGAUGAUUUAGCAUGCCAUGCAGUUUGGGACGAUGUUGGAAAUUCUACCAAACAAGAAAUUUUCAAACUCGAUGGCGAAGAGGAUCGAGAGUCGCACGAUUGUGAACCAAGAACUGUUAAUGAAAAUGAAUAUUAUUCUGCAGCAGACAGCCACCAGAGCAUACUGGUGUCUUUUUCCAGUCGAUGUGUAUUAAGUGGAUCUGUAUGUGAACGCUCUCGACUGCUUCGCAUUAAGUUCUAUGGAAGUUUCGAUAAACCCUUAGGGAGGUAUCUUCGAGAUGAUCUAUUUGAUCAGAUAUCCAGUUGUAGAACAUGUAAAGAGCCAGCUGAAGCCCAUGUGCUAUGUUACACUCAUCAACAGGGAAAUCUUACGAUAAACGUUAGAAGCCUUCUCUCUGUAAAGCUACCUGGGGAGCGUGAUGGAAAGAUAUGGAUGUGGCAUCGAUGCCUAAAGUGUGCUCAUAUCAAUGGGUUUCCUCCAGCCACUCGUAGGGUCAUUAUGUCUGAUGCUGCUUGGGGACUUUCUUUUGGGAAGUUUCUAGAGCUUAGUUUUUCUAAUCAUGCCACUGCUAAUCGGGUUGCAAGCUGUGGUCAUUCUUUACAAAAGGACUGUCUCCGCUUUUAUGGGUUUGGGAGUAUGAUUGCUUUCUUUCGUUACUCCCCAAUUGAUAUCCUAUCCGUCCACUUGCCCCCUUCAGUGCUUGAGUUCAAAGGCCAUUUUCAACAGGAGUGGCUUAGGAAAGAGGCUAUUGAGUUGUUGGGUAAGAUGGAAGACCUGUACUCCCAGUUGUCUGUUUUCAUUGACAGCAUGGAGCAGAAAUGUUCCCUUGGGUACCAAAGUUCUGAUCGAGACGAGUUGCUUGACCACAUAAUGGACUUCAAAGAUCAGCUCGUUCAAGAGAGAGAGGAUUAUGAGGACUUCCUUCAAUCUGCUGAUGAUAUACUUGAACUUAACCGCCUCAGGCGAUCUCUUAUAGUCAAUUCACAAAUAUGGGGACAUAAGCUCAGUUCUCUGGAAUUUCUAUUGAAAACAAAGAGUGCUAAUCCUGAGCUUGGACAUGAACUGAAGGAGUUUAAAAGUUUGUCGUCUAAGGAUUGCAGUUGUAACCUUUCUCCGGAAGGGGACAAAAAUAUUCACAAAUUGCUGCCAAGGGAUGAUGAUAUACAUCAAGAACAGAAGGAAGAUUCCUGCUUGACUACUGAGCAACCACAUAAACCAAAUCCCGAGAGGGAAGUUGAGGUCCAACUGACAUCCACGGAGUGUAUGAAGUCGGUCGAGUCUAAUUUGUCUGAAACGAUUGAUUCUGCAUGGGCAGGUGGUGGCCCAAAGCCCCAGAAUCCGACUUUCCAGAGGAUAAUGUCACCUGCUAGGGUUUAUUCCUUUGAUUCUGCUCUGAGUCUUCAAGACAGGGUAAGAAAACGGGUACCUCCCUCUUCAUUGUAUUUAUCAACAUUCAGAUCAUUCCAUGCAUCUCGAGAUUGUCGGAAUAUGCAGAGGACUUACUCCCAGUUAUUGCCUCGGGAUGGCCAAAAGUUUAAUUCAAUGCCAUUUUUCAUCUCUUCCGUGUCAUUUAUGCCCGAAGGGGGGCACUUGUUUUCGCAAACUGGCCGUAAGGAUUUGGUUAUCGCGGUCUAUGAUAACGAACCCACUAGCAUAAUAUCUUACGCCCUCUGCUCUAGGGAAUACGAUGACUGGAUAUCUGGGAGGCCAGUAGGCAGCAAUACUGGAGAGGUAAGUCGAGAAAAUUCUAUGGCUUCUAGUUUUUUAGUCUGGCAAUCAUUUGGCGAAUUAGAUCAUAUCCACUAUGGAAAUUAUGGGAGUGAGAGCGUAUCUCCGGCAGUUAGCAGCUUGUUUUCCGAUUCUAAAAGUUCUUCUCACCCGAAGAUAUCUUUUGGAGAGGAUAAGGUUAAGUUCUCCGUGACUUGUUAUUUUGCAAAGCAAUUUGAUGACCUCAGAAAGAAGUGCUGCCCUAGUGAAGUGGACUUCGUUCGUUCGAUGAGCCGAUGCAUGAGAUGGAGUGCGCAAGGGGGAAAGAGCAAUGUGUACUUUGCAAAGUCGCUUGACCAAAGAUUCAUUAUAAAACAAGUCCAGAAGACCGAAUUGGAAUCUUUCGAGGAAUUUGCACCUGAAUAUUUCAAAUACUUGACAGAUUCUCUGAAUUCGGGUAGUCCAACAUGCCUGGCCAAAAUUCUUGGAAUUUAUCAGGUAAACGUAAAGAAUAUGAAAGGCGGGAAAGAAAUAAAAAUGGAUCUUAUGGUGAUGGAAAACCUUUUCUAUAAACGAAACAUCUCAAGAGUUUAUGAUCUCAAGGGCUCUGCACGGUCGCGAUAUAACACAGACACGACAGGGACAAGCAGUGUUUUGUUAGACAUGAAUCUCAUAGAGACUUUACGAACAAAACCUAUUUUCCUCGGAAGCAAGGCAAAGAGAAGCCUCGAGCGUGCUGUUUGGAACGAUACUUCAUUCCUAGCGUCUGUGGACGUGAUGGACUACUCUCUACUAGUUGGGGUGGAUGAGGAUCGGAAUGAGUUGGUAUUGGGAAUCAUCGACUUUAUGAGGCAGUACACAUGGGAUAAGCAUUUGGAGACGUGGGUGAAGGCAUCUGGAAUACUAGGAGGUCCGAAGAACGCUUCUCCAACCAUUGUAUCGCCUAAACAAUACAAGAAAAGGUUUCGAAAGGCCAUGACUACUUAUUUUCUAACGGUUCCAGACCAGUGGUCGUCGUAAGGUGUGUUGGUUUUGGCUAAUAAAAUUGGAAAGGUUGUAGAGACUAAUAAUUCAAAUCACUUUAGGAUUGGUUCACUUUGUUCUUUCAUUUGUGAAAGGGUAACAACCAUUAGCUCAAAUUGGGGGAUUUGUAUGUAAAUUGUGAUGUGGGAAGGGAGACAAAAGAGUUUAGAUUUUGGGAUUCUUUUGUACUUGCAAAUGUACAUACUGUUUGCAUAUUUGACCUUAUUUGGAAUACUUUUGAAGAUCUAACAGGAAAAUUUAUAUGGUGUAAAGACUAAUUUCAACC